GGGAGGGCCGGGCGCGGGGGCGCGCGGCGCGGUGCGGGGCGAGCGCGCGGGGCCCAAACCGGCGUAGUAUGUGCGGGCCUCGCUUGCCAGCCCCGGCGCUCGGCCGCGGCCGGGGCGCGCGGCGCGGGGCGGAAAAGCCUGUUUACACAGACUGCACACCGCCUGGGGAAUAAUGCAGUAAAGGAAGUGAGCCGGCUCGGCCUGACUGCUCCAACUUCCUGCUCUCACACACACCAGAGGGGGGGGGAAAAAAAAAAAAAAGAGGAGCGAGAGAAAGAAAAAAAAGGGGGAAAAAUCAGGAUCUCGUUACAAGAGCAACAGACCGUCUGCAGACGCCUGUCAGCAUGGAAAGUCGGGGGGUUUCGCCCGGUUCCUCCUAGAAAUUCCCCCGAAGAAGGAUCUUGAAAGCUCCCCCACAUCUGGGUAUGGAGAGUGCAAUCACGCUGUGGCAGUUCCUGUUGCAGUUGCUGCUUGACCAGAAACAUGAGCAUUUGAUCUGCUGGACAUCCAACGAUGGUGAAUUCAAGCUCCUCAAGGCAGAAGAAGUGGCCAAGCUGUGGGGACUCCGGAAAAACAAAACAAAUAUGAACUAUGAUAAACUGAGCAGAGCCCUGCGAUACUAUUAUGACAAGAACAUCAUCAAGAAGGUGAUUGGGCAGAAGUUUGUGUACAAGUUUGUCUCUUUCCCAGAGAUCCUGAAAAUGGAUCCUCACACAGUGGAGAUCAGCCGGGAGAGCCUUUUGCUGCAGGACAGCGACUGUCAGCUGCCUCCUACGGGCCGCGAGGCACACAAACACGGGUUGUCAGCCCUCAAAAGCACCAGCCGCAAUGAAUACAUCCACUCAGGCCUCUACUCAUCCUUCACCAUUAAUUCCCUGCAGAACCCACCAGAUUCUUUCAAAGCCAUCAAGACGGAGAAGCUGGACGAGCAGCCCGAGGGCAGCCCCCCUGUGGAAGAGGUCACGACGGUCAUCAGGUUUGUGACCAAUAAAACCGACAAGCACGUCACCAGGCCCGUGGUGUCCCUGCCUUCCACGUCUGAGGCCGCAGCCGCAUCCGCCUUCCUGGCCUCCUCCGUCUCAGCCAAGAUCUCCUCCCUAAUGUUGCCAAACGCUGCCAGCAUUUCAUCCGCUUCCCCUGCCUCGUCCCGGUCGCCCUCCCUGUCCCCCAACUCACCCCUCCCUUCUGAACACAGAAGCCUCUUCCUGGAGGCCGGCUGCCAUGACUCGGAUUCCCUGGAGCCCUUGAACCUGUCGUCCGGCUCCAAGACCAAGUCUCCAUCUCUACCCCCAAAGGCCAAAAAACCCAAAGGCUUGGAAAUCUCUGCACCCCCACUGGUGCUCUCGGGCACCGAUAUCGGCUCCAUCGCCCUCAACAGCCCAGCCCUUCCCUCGGGAUCCCUCACUCCAGCCUUCUUCACCGCACAGACACCAAAUGGACUGCUUUUGACCCCGAGUCCACUGCUAUCCAGCAUACAUUUCUGGAGCAGCCUUAGUCCAGUUGCUCCAUUAAGUCCUGCCAGACUGCAAGGACCAAACACGCUGUUCCAGUUCCCAACACUGCUUAAUGGCCACAUGCCAGUGCCAAUCCCCAGUAUGGACAGAGCUGCUUCUCCAGUACUGCUUUCUUCGAACUCUCAGAAAUCCUGAUGAUGUCUGGCCACAAUUAAGGACUCAUCAACAGUUUAUCCCCAUGGGCUAGUUUACCUGUGUCAUGAGAAGGACAUUGUGAAUCCCUCUGUUAUUUGGUUUGCACUUUUCAUAACAUGGAUAGUCUAGAUUUAUGUUAGCAUUUUAAAAACUGUUUUUUUUAUAUUCAAGUAUAUAUGAAAAUCUGUUUUGCAUUAAAUGAAUUUUAAUGUUUUUUUAAUAUCUUCUUAGCUCUUAAGUGUUGAACACUGUUGACAGUGAAGAACUUUUCUUAAUGGAUUUCAGUGUAACUAAUAAGGAUGUGAAGCUUGUAUUCCCUUUAUUUCUGCAUAUGCUGACUGUGCUUAUAUACACUAUAACCGGCUGUGCCUUCCUUUGCAUUUAGUUUUAUGUAAAUGAUUUAUAUAUUUUUUAGUAUUAAGGGAAAAUGUUUGGAAGACAAAAAUUGGUAUCAAACAGCUCUCUAGUAGAAUUUUGCUAUUUUUCACCACUAGGCAAUAUUCACCACUAGGCAUAUUCACAUUACUUUCUUUUGUGCUUUCAAGUGCAUAUGAAUUGCCUUUGAACCUCUUUUGAAGGGAAAUUCAGUAAAUGAAAUGUCCAAAGUGAUGUUUUUAUAAGAAUAAGCCAUAUUUAGACAAUAAACAUUCAUGCAGGGUGUAUCUGAAGUGCAUUUUUUAAAAAAUUAACUUUGAAGGCUAGCCUGUAGACUCCUCCCAACAAAAACCUGAAGUGGAAAAGCUACAUCAAGUCAUUCUAUCCAUCCCUGCUCCUACCUUAGGUUAGCAUAUUCUGAUUUCAGUUAGCCCUAGUAUUCUCGGUUUUCCAGAGAGAAUCACACUAUCUGAUACAUUUACUGUGUCAAUAUGACUUAGGGUUUUUCUAAACCCCUGGAACUAUGAUUUAACAUUGAAUGACGUGCAAAGACUGGUGAUGAAUUCAAGCAAGAAAGAAACAAUUUUGUUAACUCCAGCACCUUCAUGUCUGUAGGUAUAACCUUGCUUGUGGAAAUUUAAAAUAUACUCUAUCUGCUUUGUGUAUUACUCAGUUCUUGGUGGAGAUGAAAGAAAUCUGAUAAAAGAAAAAGAAAAUUCUUCAGGAACCCCAUUAUUGUGGAACUGAACUGACUUAUGCAAAUUUGAAGCACUCUGCAGUAAAUUCUUUUGUGUAGUGUAGUUUAGAGCAGUGAUAAUAGAAACAUUUUCUGUUCCUUCAAAAAAUAAUCAGCAGGAAUCACUGUAUAGAGGCACUACUUUACACAGGCACUGUCCCAUACAUGACGUAGGAAAUUCUAAUGCAAGAUCAGAACUGGAAAGCGCUCAAUGCUUUAAAUUCAAGAUUAGGUUAAAUUAUAAUCCUUAACUACAAGUAAUAGAAACCAAUUUGAAAUGCGGCUAAAUAACUGAUCCACACCAGGCAUUUUACCUAUAAGAAAAGGUUAAAUAAAUAAAUAGAAAACACAUUUCUUGAAUUAAAAAAAAAAGUCUGACAUUUUUGUUCUAAUACGUGUAAACUCUGACAUCCCAAUUGGAAAUGAGCAUGUGUGUGUGAAAAUGUGUGCCCUUAUUAAGGGGAAAAAUGUAAACACUCUUAAUAUGCUUCUUUGAAUAUACAGUAAUAGGACUGGUCCCCAAAUCCACUGACUCUACUGUUACCUCCUCUUAGGCUCAGGAUAAUUCUGUAUUAAAAUAAAAGAAAUUGGUCCAGGGAUCUGAUAUUCAAUAAACAUAAAGUAGUCGAAUUAGGGACCUUCGAGAAUAUUUCCCACCAUCUCUUUACAGAUGAGGACAAGUAGACAGGAGGAGCUGGGAGUUGCCUCAGGCCACACAGCUAAUGGAAGGCAUAACAAGGAGUGGUGCUCAGCCCAGUUGUUUCCCAAUGCCCAGCUAUGGAACUACUGGCCCAAAAUUAUGUUAGGUAGAAAAACCGGAUCAAGAAAAAGCAUUAAAAAAAGUUUUCUCAUUUAAGAAAACACAUCCAAAUUGCAAGAUUCUUUCAGCAACACUAACUCAAAAAAGUUAGUGUGCAAAAUCUCAUCCAAAAAUAAUUUUUAGUAUAAUUUUUAAUGUAAAUGCUGACUGGAAAUACUCAAAUGACUACAUAUCUGACUAAUGUUUUCUUCCUCCAAAUACUGUGAUUAAAUACAUACUAUUGGUCCAUUUACUGUAAAUGGGGAAAAUACCAUAAUUUUUAGUGAACCAAAAAACCAUAAUACAAGUAGAGAACUAGAGGUAUUCAAGUAUAUAACUCAUAUAACUCUGCCCCAAUCUGUGUGUUUUUUUAACAAGUAUUAUAGUUGAAAAUAGGUUUCAAAGAACAUAUUAAAUAACUUUUUUUUUUGUUUAUAUGUCUGCUUGAUCACUAUGGCUCAAGUUUUAUAGGACUAUAAUCUGAACAUUCUGUCUUUCUACACAUCUUUUUUAUGACUGCAAAUCUUCAUUCACUUUCAUAUAUGUAUCAUUUUUACUGUUAUAUUAUUUUUGUUCAAUAAAUACUUUGUGAUAAAGGCUU